AUGAGGGCAGGGUCUGGCAACCCAGGCCCCUUGACCCUUGGCCUAGGUUUUUGCCCCUGUGACGUGGAGGAGGGCCUCUGUGACCGCAUCAUUUGGGGUCACCGGUGUCUCUGUCAUGGACGGGGGGGUGUCUCCGCAGUGUGUGGGAAGCCCAAGGCGAUGGGGAGGAUCUACGGCGGCCGGGAUGUGUUGGCGGGCCGGUGGCCGUGGCAGGCCAGCCUGCUGUUCCAGCGCGCGCACGUCUGCGGAGCUGUCCUCAUUGACCCCCUCUGGCUGGUUUCCACUGCCCACUGCUUUCUCAACAAAUCCCGCGCGCCAGCGGACUACCGGGUUCUGCUAGGAAGCACGCAGCUGUACCAGCACUCCCAGCAUGCACGGGAGAUGUCCCUGAGCCGGAUUAUCGUGCACCCAGACUUUGAGAAGCGUCACCCCUUCGGGAGCGACAUCGUCAUGCUGCAGCUGCGCCUGCCUGUGAACCUCACCUCCUACAUCGCCCCCGCCUGCCUCCCGAGCCCCGGCAUGCAGCUGUCCAGCAGCUCGUCCUGCUGGAUCACUGGCUGGGGGAUGCUCAGCGAGGACAGUGAGGGGAGCAUCUGCAUUCGCCCUUCCAUCUGCAGGAGGGUAAGGUGAGCCUCAUUGAGAACGAGUUCUGUAAUGUCUUAUACAGACAAAGACUUAGCAACAGCAAGACCUACUCUGUGCAAGAGGAGAUGCUGUGUGCUGGGGACUUCUCGACGGGAAAGGCCAUCUGCCA